AUGGCUGGUGGAGAAACAGACAAUCUUGCCAAUGCCCCCCUUAUCAACAGGGGCACUUUGCCCUUUGCGGUCGCUGUGCCUCUCGCUCAACUCAUCAAUGUCGGUUUGAUCAGACUCAACUCCCGUCACCCUGGACACAACAAUGUGUUUACUGCCGAAGACAAAGACUAUGCCUUGUCACUCCACCGUGACAUUUGCUACGGUAUCAAUUCUGGCAAACUUCCACUACAGCUUCUUGAGAUUCUCCUACUCGCGUCUCACAAAGCUGUCCUCAAGCCACUGGAUCAGAGUGAUCCAGAGUACAGACACAAAGAAUUUGAGGUGUACCUCAAGAGAGCCAUUCGCAAGUGCAAGGAUCAAAGCGAUGAGCAGGAGGAUGGAGACGAUGAUGAUCAAGCUGAAGCAGGAGCAGAGGACGACAAUAACCACUGUCACCCAAUCUGCGAAUCCCCAGUCGAUAAUCUCGUCAAAGAGACAUAUGUAAAAUCGUAUUCGCAUAGAAAGACAUGA